AUGGUUAACAACACGAUUAUUUGUGCCACUUGUAGUUUAAAAGAAGAUACAUUGGAUAAUGACAUCAUUCUCUGUGACGGAGCCUGCAAAAGAGGGUUCCACCAGAAUUGUCUAAACCCUCCUUUACUGACUAAAGAUAGUAAUAUUUAUUUUCCUAUUUCCUAUGCUAUUCAAGUCCCCGAGGGAGAGGAAAAAUGGCAUUGCCCUGCAUGUGAUUGCAAGAUAGACUGUAUAGAAUCAAUAAAUAAAUUCCAAGGGACAUCAGAUCUUUCAAUUAGUGACUCUUGGCAGAAAGUUUUUCCUGAGGCAGCUGCCAUGGCGCACGGGCCUAUGCAAAGUGAUGUACCUGAUCUUCCAUCGGACGAUUCAGAAGAUAAUGACUUCGACCCCAAUAUAUCCGAAGAACAUGUGGCUUGUGAUGUAGAAGGAUCAUCAGAAGAGGAUGGGGAUGAAGGUUCGUACUCUGAUGACUCCAAUUUCAUCACCUCUUCUGACAAUUUAGAACAUGUGAAGGAUGGAGAGAAAGUUGAUGACCUUGGAUUACCUUCUGAUGACUCGGAGGAUGAUGACUAUGAUCCAGCAGGGCCAGAUUCUGAUGAAGAUAUCAAAGAGAAGCAAGAUGAGUCAGACUUCACAUCAGACUCUGAUGAUUUCUGUGCUGACAUUGCGAAGUCUUGUCAUAUGGAGGAAGUUUCAUCUGGUCGUAAGGCUGGAGAUCAUACUAAUGACUUGGAAGGGGCCCCUGUUGGACCUAACACAUCAAUGUCACAUCUCACAACCAAGGAUCUUGAGAUCGACCAGGAUGCGAUUUUACCAUCAAGGAGACGGCAGGUUAAACCGUUGGACUACAAAAAACUUUAUGAUGAUGCUUAUGGGGAAGCACCAUCUGAUUCAAGCGAUGGCGAAGACUGGUCUGGGAAGAGCACACUCAAAGAAGACAGUGAAGAAGAAAAUGAAGUGGAUUCCUUUGUACACAAAAGCUCCAGGGGAACGCGAGCUGUGCAUCGUGGUUUAGUAAAUGAUCAACACUCCAGGAGGCUGACCUCUGGUCCUGAAGUGGACCAUGCUGCUGAUGGGAAAGCACCACCUGGUUCGAGUUACCGUGAAGAUUUGUCUCAGAAAUGCACACCUGAAACUGAAUUCACUCCGCAAAGCCCUCAACAAAGCUUGAAUUAUUCGGUGAAUUGGCAAAAUACAGAAGAGCUGCUUACCCCUAAUGGAAGCAGUACAACAGGUCAGAAGAGACACUAUGGGCCAAUAAUUAAUCAGGCUAAGCAAUUCAAAAUACAUCAAUACCCUAGCCGUGUUGUUAAAGAAAGCUUGGCACAAGAACUAGGUCUGACAUUUCAUCAGGUUAUUCCUACUUGGUGCUACGGAAAGGAUGAGGGAUGGUCAAGUUUGGUGGAUAGGUGGCUCGAGGAGAAGUUGAAGAAGCCGCUCUCUGGCAUGAAGUUGUCGAGGCUGGCCCUUGCACAGAGUAACCGCAAGGACGUUGAGAGCGAGUACUAUGGCAAUACCGAGGAGAACCUGGAGUCUUACAAGGAGUCGUUUCAGAGGCCUCAUCCCGGUCCGGAUGCUGGUGACCCCGUCCUGUCUUAG